AUGGCGUCGUUCCGGUUCUGUGCCGAGUGCAACAACAUGCUCUAUCCCAAGGAGGAUAAGCAGGAGCAGCGGCUUCUCUACCUGUGCCGGAACUGCGGCUACACCGAGCUCGCGGAAAACCCCAAGGUCUACCGCCACGAGCUCAUCACCAACAUCGGCGAGACCGCCGGCGUCGUCCAGGAUAUCGGCACCGACCCGACGUUGCCGAGACUGGACAAAGAGUGUCCUAAAUGCGGUAACCGGGAGGCGGUGUUCUUCCAGUCGCAACAGAAACGCAAGGACACCAGUAUGAUCUUGUUUUACGUGUGCUUAAACUGCCACAACACCUUCCGCGACAAGUUGGACAAUAUGGGGUGA